GCAGAGGGACCCCGGAGCCCCCAGUGCUGCCCAGGGGGAGCUGAGAGGCAGCACAGCGCCUGUGUGGGGCACUGUGAGCGCUCGGAUCGAUGCGGCGCCGAGAUCAGGGCUGGGAAACGGCAGUAACUAAUGGAGCUGUUAAUUAAACAUCAUAAAAGAGAGAGGGAGACGCAGCAGCAGCGAGCGCGGACCCGUUGCCGUGCUCGUUCCGUUGCCCACGUACGGCUGUGACGGGGCGCUCCCGAUGUGUCCCCGCGUGUCCCCUCACCUCGCUCUCCCCCCCGCAGUCACCUCGGAGCAGAUCGAGCAGCUCCACCGGCGCUUCAAGCAGCUGAGCCACAACAGGAAGACCAUCCGCAAAGAGGACUUCGACACCAUCCCCGACCUCGAGUUCAACCCCAUCAGGGCCCGAAUCGUGCACGCCUUCUUCGACAAGCGCUCUGCUGCCAUCAGGAACCUGCGGAAGGCGCCGGCUGGGCUGGCAGAGGAGAUCAACUUCGAGGACUUCCUGACCAUCAUGUCCUACUUCAGACCCAUCGAGAUGGACAUGGACGAGGAGCGGCUGGAGAGCUUCCGCAAGGAGAAGCUCAAAUUCCUCUUCCAUAUGUACGAUGCCGACUACGACGGGAUCAUCACGCUGCAGGAGUACAAAAACGUGCUGGAUGAGCUGAUGUCUGGGAAUCCCCACCUGGAGAAGGAGUCGCUGCGUGCCAUCGCUGAGGGGGCCAUGCUGGAGGCGGCCAGCGCGUGCAUGGCCCGCACGGGCCCGGAUGAGGUGUAUGAAGGCAUCACCUUUGAGGAUUUCCUGAAGGUGUGGAAGGGAAUCGACAUCGAGACCAAAAUGCACGUCCGCUUCCUCACCAUGGAGGCCAUCGCUCACUGCUACUGACCAGGAGCAGGACGGAGCCUUCCCAGCAUCACAAGGCCACGUUCCACUCUCUAGAACCGUAAGAGGUAUUUUAUCUGUAAUAAAAGGUAUUUCUGUUUUUAC